CUCUUUUUACACUGAGCUGUGUACAGUAGCCCUUUUCAUUACAUCUUCCCAUGGGAGUACUUUCUUUUCCUAUUUCCAUAUGAAAAUAUUCCCAUAUAUAACCACAACUCAAAUACAAUAAUAUGUACAAUUCUUUUAUUUCUCUCUAGUUUCUUGUAAAUCAAUACUUACAAUGGAAGAUGCCGAAGUUCCUGAGUUUUUCAUCUGUCCUAUUUCUCUCCAGAUCAUGAAAGAUCCUGUUAUUGCCAUAACAGGAAUAACUUACGAUCGAUCCAGCAUCGAAAAAUGGCUGAGCCACGGACAUGAUGCGAUUUGUCCCGUCUCCAAGCAGCCCCUCCCAAGAAACUCUACCUUAACACCGAAUCGUAUUCUUUCCAAGCUCAUCCAGACAUGGCACACCACUAAUUCAAAGCCUACUAUUGAUCAUCAUGUUCCGGACCCGGAUGACUACAUGAUCACCAAGCCUUAUAUAACCACCCUCCUCGCAAACCUUUCAAACCCAGAUUUAUUCAUGAAAUCACUUACAAAUCUAGAAGUUGUCGCAGCCAUGGCCAAAGAAAAUUAUGUUUAUGGAAAGCUUUUGGUGGAAGCUGGUGUGGCCAAGGCUAUGGUAAGUUUUGUUAUAACUUGUUACAAGAAUAGUAAAACUCAUGGGCUUCUACUAGCGCUAUAUAUUCUUUUGCUUAUCUACAAGAUUUCACCUAGCAAAACAAGGGAAUAUAUACUUCUCGCAAAAACGGAUGAAAUUAUUGAUUCACUGAUAUGGGCUUUAGGUAUUAGCUCAUGUGAUCAUACAACUACCAAAGCCAUAAGAAACCAUGCAAUGAUAUUGCUCAAGAUUUUCGUCGAAAACACAAGCUCCAACUUGCAAGAAAAAUUAAAACCAGAUUUUUUCAAGACUAUUGUCAAUGCUUUAAGUAAAACCAGUUUGAUGACACAACACGGGACGAAGGCGGCUUUGCAUAUAAUGUUCGGCGCUUGUACAGUGGGUAAGAACCGGAUAAUGAUGGUAGAAGCCGGGGCUGUUUUCGUCAUCAUCGAACUCGAGUUGAGUGGAUUAGUUCGUGAGAAAAGAACAAGUGAGUUGAGUAUGCAAGUUUUGUUCAAUUUGUGUCGCAGUGCUGAUGGUAGGGCUGAGCUCUUAAGGCAUGCAGCUGGAAUCGCGGUGGUGACGAAGAGGAUGAUGAAGGUUUCUCCGAUGCUAGACGAGGCUGCGGUUUCUAUAAUUUCAUUGAUCUCGAAGUUUUCAGGAACUGAUUGGGUGGUUAAUGAGAUGUUGAGAGUGGGAACAGUUUCAAGGCUUUGCAUGGUGUUGCAGAGUAAUUGUGAUUCUGGUUUGAAGGAAAAAGCUAUGGAAAUUCUCAGGAGACACACUCAUGUUUGGAAAGAUUCACCUUGUGCAGAUCAUUUGCUUCUAACAAUGUAUACUAAAUAAAGUUGUAAAUGUAAAUUUACAAUCGAUGACUCAUAUAUAUGUGAAGUUAACCCUGAAAUUCAAAUAAAUACUCAGGUAAUUCUUCACUAA